AUGGUUCGCAUUACGUUAUUUUCUCGGCGGAACCGCAACACGAUGGCGUUCCCGGCAAGAUUAUUCAUGUUGCUGGCUAUCGCAGUCCCCAUAUUGGCAAGACCCAGUGAACUCCCCCAAGAGUUUCCACCAGGACAAGAACAAGGCAAUCAUAUCCAUGCUGUCUUGCAAAGAAUCAGAGAUUCCUGUCCACCAUUUGGACGCCCGGGCAACAGAUUUAACGUAACGGUGUUGGGCACUAUAUCACCGACAAUAGGAGGAUGUGCUUCUAUGGCACCACCAAACCACGAUGUUGUACCAUCGUUUAAUUUGUGGAUGGGCAGUCCCAAAACCGGUGGCGGAAACUGCGGCGAGAAAAAUAUGGACCACUACAUGUUUGAUUGUAUGGCAAAAUACCCGUUUUUCACAGAGGAAGACACACUAGAGGGCUGGUAUGUAAUGUUAUACGACCGUGGCGCUCGGUGGAUCGGAAGUCGAGACUACAGAUGUGCUUUGUACAAAACGGUUAAAGAAGACCCACCAAUUAUCCAGAUGGUGAUUAGUGGGAACGAAUCGUGCAAGGGUCUAUCGAGGAGAAUGGAACAAUCUGAGCAUACGGUUUCCGAGGGGUUCCGACAUUUUACCGAUGGAUCGAUAGCUCUUCUUUUUAGUAGAGACUUACCACCAACGCCCGUGCUGAGGAAAAAGCGGUCAGAGGAACAGGGCCGUGGAUGCAGGUUUCCAGAUUGGUCACAAGGAUCAUGGACAGAUUUAAAAGUAGAUGAAAGUCUGAUAAGCUACGAACCUGCCUUCCAUGAUAAAGACGACGUUGACUACGGUCAAGAAAGCGAAGAUGGAAAAGACGGAGAUCCAGAAAAUAUUGCUGGAGAACCUAACAUGCAAAGGUCGCAGAGACAUGCUCCUAUUGGAAUAAGUGGUAUCGAUCACGCAAGUUCUCAUGAUUCACGAUCGCAUAGAGGCCGAAGAUCCAUUCCAUAUAUAAAUACCGUUAAAAUGUUCCGGACCACCACCGUCCAAAACAACCCAUUAGACGGAGAUUCGAUAAAACAUCAAAGUAAUGUAUUCUCAGACCAACCAAAACCUCUCUCAAACACUAAUAUGCAAUUUCCAGAAUCAGUGAAAUCCUCUAGCAGGUUUGAUUAUAAAGACACAACUACAACCGGUCCACAGGAUUAUCCUAAAGAUUUGAACAACGAUGAAUUUGAAUGGAAUAUCAUUCUUGAUCAACUUCAACAAAUAAAAGACCUGGAUAACCAACAUGAUGAUUAUAAAGACACUACUACAACCGGUCCACAGAUUUACCCUAAAGAUUUGAACAAAAAUGUAUUUGAAUGGAAUGUCCUUCUUGAUCAACUUCGACAAAGAAAAGACCUGGGUAACCAACAUGAUGAUUAUAAAGACACUACUACAACCGGUCCACAGAAUUACCCUAAAGAUUUGAACGAAGAUGAACUUGCAUUUAAUAUCAUUUUUGAUCAACUUCUACAAAUAAAAUACCUGAGUAACCAACAUGAUGAUAGCGAGAAAGAAACAAACAAUGAAAAAGAGAAAUGUUUUUGCUACACAGAUUUCGAAGCUUUUACACCGAAAAAUGAUAAAGACAAAAUGGAAAUUUUUAAUAAAGUAAAUAAAUAUUCAUCAACACAAAAAUACCCUGAGAAAUUGAAAGAGAAAUCAAAUUAUCCAUUUGAUGUAUUUGAACUUCGAAAGAAAAGGGAGUUGGGUGACCAAGAUGUCAAGGAAGACACAAAACAUCGACAAAAGAUAAAUUACAGUGAUAGAGAUUUUGAACCUUAUACACCAGAUGAUAUGGAUAUACCAAUAAUAUUAGACGGAAAGUAUAUAUUUUCAAUUAAAAAGAAAACAACAAAUUUGAACAAAAAAUUUUAUCCAUUCGAUUAUGAACAGCGAAAAAAAAGGGAUGUGAAACACUCACUUAACUAUGGUGAAGAAAAAAUUGACAAUGAAAAAAAGAAAUGCAUUUGUUAUAACGAUACUGAAGGUUUUUUACCAAGAAAUUCUAUAAUUAUAAAGAAAGAAAUUGACGCGUUGAUUAAAUAUCCUGAGGAAGUAAAAGAGAAAUCAAAUAAUCCAUUAAACAUACUUGAACAUCGAAAGAAAAGGGAGUUGGAUGACCAAGAUAAUCAUGACACGGAAGGCACACGAAAAAAAAAAUGUAUUUUUUCAGAACCGACAACAACAACGCAGCGGUACAUAGAUUUAAACUUUGAAUACCCCUACAGUGGCCCACCAAGGGACCCAUCUGAAGAGCCAGAAGAAUAUUUUGGGACAACAGAAGACCCUAGAACUUAUUAUCUUAGAAAAGGUAGGUCUAUAAUUGUAGACAAAGUUAAAGGAGAUGAUGAAGAAGAAGUCCGUAAAGAAAUUAAGAUUACAGAUGAUCUUAAUAGAACAAUACGCUGGUGGAAAAUCAUGCAGGCUAUUGAAUAUCUCAGAAAAAGGUCCAUCUGGCAGUCAAAUGAAGACAUUAAAUUUAAUAAAUAUGACAAUAUACCACCAGUAACAGCUUUAGUAAGGUAUCUUAAAAAUGCUGAGGCAAAUGGAGUCCCGUAUAAACAAGCAUUAUUAAAUUGGCGGACUAUGGAACGUGAGUAUCGUCAGCGGAUAUCUGAAACCCUUUACACUGCCUUUCUCGGCCUAAAUCAUCCAAAUACCAGUAUGAGAGAUUUUUAUCAAACACUUGAUGGUAUAGAAUACGACUUUGAUCCGAUGCACCCUGAAGGUACAGCUGAUGACACAACAGCAUACCGGCCUCUUACACUGCCAGGUGGUUACCAACAAGAACCCCAACUAUCGCACAGUACUACGUUUGAACAAAAACAGUCAACGGAGUUUGGUCCCAUUCAUGUUGUAGAUAUAGAUGACAGUGCAGACCAGGGAAAUACCCAAAGUUUAAAUCAACGGAGGAGACGUAGGUCUACACGGCAGAAUCACCAACAGCAUGCAACUACAACAUUUACAUGGCGUUGUGAAAUGGCUGUUGACAAUGACGUUAAGCAACUUCCACAGUUUGAAAACGGGGCCAAGUUCCUUACCUAUGGUGGUCGUGUAGUUGAAAACAAUGAAAUGACUGGAAAUAAUGAUCAACAAAACGAACAAGGCUCAAAAAUGACUUACGGGUGCUUGUCGUUAGUGCCUAGAGGGCCAAACAUUUUAGAAUUUUCCAUAAUAGGAACAGGCAAUCCAAAAAAAAAUCAAAGUAUGCAGACCUUCGCAAGGCAAUUGUGCAACGAAAACCAUGUUCAUGGUAAGGACACUGGUGCCAAAAAUGAGAAAAAUCUUCGCCUACGCCGGCCUUCGUGGGUAACCGAAACACGAACCGAUGAUAAGAAACGUGUGCCUGUCAGGUGUCCUGUGCCCCCAGGUAUAGUGUUUUACGGCGUAGUCCCAGCUCCACCACCACCUUCUACGGUAUCCACAAACAAAGAUCAGAUUACACCAUUGCGACUUUGUGCCAAGUUGGUAUCUUCUGCAGAUGACUGUACGGCCGGACAAAUGGGACCAGCUGACCAGAUGAAAUAUACUGUAUCCGAAUGCGUUGAGCAAGACUCCUCAACUGGCAUUUCUCAAACAGAGGUUGUACAACAAACAAUCUUUGAAGCUGCGUCCAGAGGGUACACUGUCGGUGGAAGUUGGCGGAGGAAUAAACGUCACUCAGCUCCAACAGAUACGUCAACCGUGGCCUCACCUGUGGUAACAACAUCUACAUCAUCCAACAUACCAAUUUUUCCAUUCAGUAGCAACAACCCUUCGACAGGGACGAUAGACAACAUAACAGACCAUCGUAUGAUUGGGUCAACAGCCACCAUUUCGAGUCCUAUGACUCCAUCCUCUAUGAUAUCCAGCAUUACUGAAAUUCCACCGUUCGCAGGCAUCACUACUAUAGAUCCUACAAAUGUUACUACUACCACUGCUAACACUCUCUUGACAGCUACAGCAUCGAUAUUUCCAUUAUCUUCACCACAAGAGACUCCCCCCGAACGACAACUACCGUCAUUCUCAAAAUCGGCUACUACUACAACUACUCCUUCUACUUCCACCGCCUCUGUUACCACUACCUCCUCCUACCACCAGGUUACAGAUUAUCAAUAUCGUCAACAGCAACAGUGGCAGCAACAACACCAACAACCGAAUAAUAAUAACAAUGAUUAUUAUUAUUACCGAGGACGGCAACAACAUUAUCCCCCACCAACACUUGGCAGCACCGGUAUGGAUAAUAAUUACUAUUAUAUCCAGCAACAACAGCAACAGCAACACCCACAGACACAACCACAUUGGUUGACUCAACAACAUCCUAUUGCCACCAACGACUAUAGUAAUGGUUAUCAGCAUCAAGCGAUGGAUAGCGGUGGGUACAGGACAGGCGAUUAUUACUAUCGCCAGCAACAGCAAAAUUAUCAUAACCAUCAACAAAACAAUGAUCGCCAGCAACAAACACCGCAGCCACCACGUAACUCGUCACUUACGCUUCAACAUCCAAAUGGUGGUAGUUGGAAUGUUCGUGGCGAUCGACCGCUAUACAUAAGUAGUGGUGGUGGAGGGGAUAACAACCGAGACGCACCAGUUGCUUGGAACAGCUCUACUAGUACUAGUAGUAAUUAUAAUGGUGGUUGGACGACAGCAGCACAACAGCAUUGGUGGUACCAGCAACAGCAGCAACAACAACAACAACAACAACAACAACAACAACUACAACUACAAUUGCAGCAGCAGCAGCAACGGCAGCAGCAAAAUAACCGGGGUCUGGGUGGAAUCUUAUCACUGCCACCUGUACCAUUGCCGCCACUGCACGCGGAACAGGGUGCUGUCACCAUUUCGAUGCCUACACCACAGCCACUGCAUCCGCGUCGACAACAGAAACCUCCAAAUCAUUACUACCUGCCAACGCUGACUACUAAGACCUCUUCUCAGCCAUACCAACUCAAGCCUAAGUCUGAGAGUCGAUAUUAUCAAGAAAGAGAGUACCAGUGUAUUGGCCAAUGGACUGAACCACAGGAACACUUCAGCCCGGUGGCUGGUGAAAAACCAGUUAUGUUGACGUAUACAUAUUUAAAGCGUUUAAGUCCUGUCUCCAAAGAAGGGACCCAGUAUGAAUGUUUCGUUGGAACGCCAAUACCCAACGAUGAAGGUGUAAAUCCUGAAACUACUACCACAAUAUUGUUAACAGAGGCAGGAACAAAUACUAAGUGCAGUCGCCUUCAGGACCCAUACCGCUCCGGCAUGAAGUUAGUCGGAACCAAAAUUAAGAAAGAAGGUGCAUGUAAAGGAUCCGCACAACCAGUACAAGACACCACUGGUGGUUCAUGGUACUCCCUUAAACCACAGUCAAUUUAUCCAUCCAUUCCCGGUGCUGAAAAUGGAGGAGGAGCAUGGUACGCAGCGCCGCCUGUCCCCGUGAUCGCCGCACAAGGUCCAACCACUAUGAUGCCUAUCCUUACAGGCAGGCACACCGGUGGUAAUGGCGCUACAUUUACAUCACGUCACAACGAACAAAAUCGUCACCCACAGUCAGCGAACCUACCCCCUAAAACCAACCAUAGCUUCCGAACCGUAGCCGACAAGAGAAUCGUCAUACUAGCGGUUAUUCUAUUUACAGCACGUCGCUUUUUCAAUUAA